CCAACGUCCGGGAAAAACGAGUAAGUAUCGGUUCCUCUGCCAAUCCCCGCCGGCCACAGCUAACUUUCCCGCCCGGCCCCUUUCUGUCACUAAUUGAGGUGUCCCCAACCAGCCAAUCAGGAGAGCGAGAGCAUCCCGCGUUUGCUUUUGUUCGCCUAGGCGCGUAUCAGUCGGAAUUUUGGGGAGCCAACCGCUCCGUCUGUCCUUGGCGUGCCAGCGGCGUUUUAGAGGAGGUGGCGGGAAGCCUGUGUGUGCUCGAAUUCGUCACCCUCAUGGUCGCUCCAAUUUUUCACAAUCGAAAAUAACAUAGCAAAAUAAACCAAGAUGUCUGUGGAUCCAAUGACCUAUGAGGCCCAGUUUUUUGGCUUCACGCCACAAACAUGCAUGCUUCGGAUCUACAUUGCAUUUCAAGACUACCUAUUUGAAGUGAUGCAGGCCGUUGAACAGGUUAUUCUGAAGAAGCUGGAUGGCAUCCCAGACUGUGACCUUAGCCCAGUGCAUAUUCGCAAAUGCACGGAGAAGUUUCUUUGCUUCAUGAAAGGACGUUUUGAUAACCUUUUUAGCAAAAUGGAGCAACUGUUUUUGCAGCUGAUUUUACGUAUUCCCCCAAACAUCUUGCUUCCUGAAGAUAAAUGUAAGGAGACACCUUAUAGUGAGGAAGAUUUUCAGCAUCUCCAGAAAGAAAUUGAACAGUUACAGGAGAAGUAUAAGACUGAAUUAUGUACUAAGCAGGCCCUUCUUGCAGAAUUAGAAGAGCAAAAAAUUGUUCAGGCCAAACUCAAGCAGACAUUGACUUUCUUUGAUGAGCUUCAAAAUGCUGGCAGAGAUCAUGGGACUAGUGAUUUUAGGGAGAGUUUAGUGUCCCUGGUUCACAACUCCAGAAAACUCCAAAACAUUAGAGACAAUGUGGAAAAGGAAUCGAAACGAUUGAAAAUAUCUUAGUUGCCAAAUAGUCAAAAGGAGGAGCUUGUCAAAAAGUAGAAUCACAAGGAAUUUAUACCAGUGACUGUUCAAACCAACCAUACUUUUUUUAGAUUUGCUUUGUCAACUCUUUGUUGUAUUCUGUGUCUUCCUCUUUAUUGGUCCACUUUCUUGAGGUAUGUGUGUACUACUUUGAACUAGGCUAAAGCAUCUGUUCCUUGGAGUCUUAUAAGUGGGAAGGGAUCAAACAAAUGAAGCCAUGGCCAGUUAAAGAUUAUUUGCAGAGUUGUAUCUUGGUCAUAAGUUCUUUGUGACCUUGAUUAUUUUGACUUAUUUUUUGGAUGAGACCAGGUGAGAAAGGGAUUAAACAGGCGGCUCUUUUAUUAUUUUUUUAUUUUUUUGAGACAGGGUCCCGUUCUGUUACCCAGGUUAGAGGAGAGUGCAGUGGCACAAUCUUGGCUCAUUGCAAUCUCUGUGUCCCAGGUUCAAGUGAUCCUCCUGCCUCAGCCUCCCAAGUAGCUAGGACCACAGGUGUGUGCCACCAUGCUUUGCUAAUUAAAAAAAUUUUUUUUGUAGAGAUGAGGCUUCACUAUAUUGCCCAAGCUGAGUGGCUUUUUUACUAACCAGUCAUUUCACUGCAGGACAGCCAACACAGAGUACUUGCUUUUGCCCUGUAAAGUUUCUUACAUGAGGGAAUCAAUAUAUAGCUGAAAGAAGCAUGUAGCAAAAAAGACAACCUUGAUCUUUAAUAAAGAAGAAAGAAGUUGGUUUUGUUUCCAAAAUAAAUCCUUCCCCUGACAAAAACCCUGGUGAUGUUAAACAAUGUUCUAUCUUAGAGUCCAGCAGAAGACCUUAGAUUAAAAAAUGCAGAGCCCACUAAAAUAGAAAAGGAAGCAUAUUAGCAUACUCAGUAGUGAAAUUUCAUUUUACUGUUAGGUAUUUAUGCCAAUUUCUUUUCAUACUUCAUUUGGUUUUGGAAUCUGCCUUAUACGUAAUUAAUUAUUCACACUGAUAAGCAUCAAAUAUUUAAUGCCCUCAGUGGGAAAUUUUAGCUGUGUCUUGUAUUUAAACUCAAUGGAAUCUAAUAUUUCUUUAUGUAAUUAGUCCUUGUAAAAUGUUAGGUCACCCAAGGAAAUGGGAGAAAUAGCAGUGGUUGCUCCUAAGGUAAUGCUUGCCCUCCAUGUCUUCCUAAAGAACAGGACUUGGAGUUUCUCCUUUAUGUAGAGAAGAAGUAACUUAGGGUGUAUUUGUAAUGAAAUAUUCAUAGAUGUAGAAAGCUUAUAUGUACAUGAAAUAUGUUUAUUAUCAAGAAGUCCUUUUUCCAGUUCUGUACAUUAAAUAUAUGUGUUUUAAAGGG